AUGGCUUACGUGCGACUAAAGGGUCACUUUACAAACAGCACCGUCGCCUCCGUGUACGUACGAACUUCCGCUGCCGAACAGCGCGAUAAAGAGACCUUUUACUCGAAGCUGCAAGCAUUAGUUGAAAGGUUCUCUCGCCAUGAUCUGCUGAUUGUUUUCCCGGGGACUGAAAUGGCCAGAUUGGAACUGGUGACUCUACAAACAGCCCUCUUAUUGGCCAUUUUGAACUUCUUCCUCAAUGUAGCAAUGGUGAAGAGUUGCUAA